GGGGAACUAUAUAAGCCGAGUGUUUAUAAUUGGCCAGGCUAGCCGUCAGGAUUUUUAACCAGGCAGGAUGUCGUUCUCCGUGCUCGCCGUGCUCUCCGCUACCGCGUUCGUACUCGCCGCGGCGGACCUCGAACUUCCUGUGCAGACCUGCAAGCACGAUGCACCUGACUAUUCGUCUUGCCUGAGACUCGCGAUGCAGGAAGCGUGGCCAAAUAUUAUCCCAGGUAUACCGGAACUUGAUCUGCCAAGAUUGGAUCCGUACUUCACCAAGGAACAAAGAAACGUGUAUGCAAGCGGUGACAUACAUGCAGAUACAACAGUCACGGACGUCAAUACUUAUGGGCUCGCGAAAACACGCUUCUUAGCCGUGAGGCCAGAAUAUUCCGACGAUUUCCUCAAAUUGGAAAUCGACGUUGAAAUACCGAAGAUGCUUAUCGAGGGCAAUUUCAAAGCGGAGGGAGGCAUGGGGGCGUUCAAGUUAGGGGGCGAAGGAUUUUUCAACAUUAGCUUAGAAGACAUCAAAGGCACGUGGGCUAUUGAAGGACACGUGGCAAACGACAGAUGGACGAUUGAGCAUUUCCUCAUAAGCCCGGAAAUCGGAAAGAUGCAGAUCUGGUUCAGUGACUUGUUCAACGGCAACGAGGAACUCAACAAAACCGCCCUGAAAUUCGUGAACGAAUACUGGCCGUCGUUGUACCGCUCAGUACUGCCAUUCAUGGCGGAGAUGUGGGACGCGGAGCUCACCCAGAUCAGCAACCGCAUAUUCUCAAAGGUUUCCUUCUCGAAGACGUUCCCUUGAUCGUCCGCGAAGGACAAUCCCUCGCGCUAGGCCAAGUAACGUAGCGUAGUCGAAGUAUGAAGAGCGGGAAGAGCAUCGAAUAUUUGCGAUCGCGCGAACACCAUGAACGAUCGCAACGAGAUACCGGCGCGGAGGAGCCGGUGCGAGGUUCCUUCGCUCCGGCAUCCGCAAACAUUCCGACGUGAUAAUCUCUUUCUCAUCGUAUCGUGAUAGUGUUUAACUUGUAUUCGCACUGCGUCGACACUACGUGUGAUUUGUGGCAACAGUGGCGAGUUUAUUACAAUAACUACAUGUAAUGUGUACACGUAGAUUUAGUAGUAUUGUUACUAUUAUUGUAUUACUGCUAUUUCCGUUAGUGAAAUUGCGCAUGUAAAGCACAAAGAUGUAAUUAAUAUCAAGAAGAAUAUAGAGAAAAUAUCAAAUA